CAAGACAGGGUAACCAAAACAACGUUAACAACAGAUGCCAUUUCUUGAUUUUCUUUGACAAUACAAAUGAAAGGACAUCAGAAUCUUAACCGAAUGUUAUCCAAAAUAUCAAAAGAACGAAUCAGCGGACUUUUUCUUAGAGAAUAGCCAGCAAAGCUUCGAUAGUUGCUGCAAUCCUUGAGAGGGUACAUUUCAAAAUGUCGCUUUCAAUGCCACUGGCCGGUAGUUUGGAUGCGAAAAUGUCGAUGAUUAUGGCUACGAUUMUAGCUUAGUCUAGCAUCAAAGGACAAUGAGCUCAAGUCAGUCUUCUUAUGAAUUCAAAGGGGAUUCYACGUCUGUCCGUGUGACUCCAGUAACGAGUUAUGACCCAUUUGAGGCAAAGUUUUGUGCUUCACUAUUUUGGCUGGUCUUAAUGAAGACACAAGAUGGAAAUCUGGAGAAUAUGCCACCUCAAGUUACUUGCCCAAUUGAAAGAGAUGCUGAACAAAGAAUUACUGUCCGACCUGAAGUAAUUGAGUUACUGACCAAUGGUGACGUCUAUAAUAGUGUAUGCAACAGCAUAUUUGACAAUAAGCAACCAAUUGUUGGUCAUUGGGCUGUCAUCCAGUGCUUAUCACGUAAUGGCUUCUAUGUGGUAGAAGAUGGAGACAUUCCUGUUACUGACUCUACUUUACAGCAAAAGAAACCUUUCAGAAAGUCCACCCACUUAGCACUAAUGGAUGGGUUGAUGUCGGCUUAUUCAUCCAAGGUYGUUACCAUACCACAAGUAGUCCAGGCUGUCAGGAGGUUUGCCCCAUUCAACGCGUCAAAGGAGCUUCCUUUCGACUUGGAGGACGCAUUGCUAUUAUGGCUGAACAAAGUAUGCUCGACGCUGAAUGACAAAGAAAUUAGUAAACAAAAGCGUCAUGCAGAGAAUCUACUACGUGACCAAGAUAAGGCAAAGAGGUUUCGAUUCCGUCGCGAUCAGCUCCACCCAAAAGCACAGACCUUAUUCCCAAUUGUUGACGAUUUGUUAAAGGGUAUCAGUGACGGUCAGUGCCUUCUAGGCAUCGUCUUGUUUUAUCAUACCGAUUCUGUCAAGCUUGAAGAUAUCAAGUUUGGUCAAGACCUAUCCCAAGGAGACAUUGUUCACAACAUCGAACUAUUUCGUUCCCUUUGUAGUCAGUAUGUUUGUACAACAUCACUUUCGUUGCAAGUAGAAGACUUCAUGUAUAGCUCACAUGCCAUGAAACCUAAUCUUGUCGCCCUUCUUGCUGAAAUGUUUUACAAAUGUGAACUUGAAGAUGAUACGUUAACUACAGAUAAAAAGGUGCGAAGUAAAAGUGCAACCAACAUUACUGGUUUUACAAAUACUGACAACGUGUGUAACACCAGGAGCUCUAGUGCACCUAUGUUGGCUUCUGAAAUCAUAGCAGCACGCUCUCCAUCAGUAGGACGCAAACUUAAAGACUUUGCUAAARAGAAGAAUCAACAACGAUSCAAUCAACAAGUAGAAUACGGUGUCGACGAAGAAAAAAUCACCAAAAAUUCUAGUCAAGAAAAACAAAACACUKCUGGUUCYAAUAAAACAACGCGCAGCUAUUCAUUGCAACUGGACUUCACUGACGAGGAUGAAGGUAUUGAGGAUACCAAGGACAAGGAAAAUCCAUUUAGUGGUAUAUAUCAAAAACCAGUUCUUCUAAACAGGAAGCAUAGUGCACCUGAGCCAAGUCCUUUGGGCGUUUCUAAAGGGGAACCCAAUUUGAACAGACGCUCAAAGCAAAAGCCAAGGACCCUAGCAUUGGACGACUGGGAAAUGGACGAAAAAGAUGCCAUAGUUACAGAAAGAACAGAAAAUGGCAAUUCUAACAUCAGUUAUCUUCCCUCAGACUUUCAGGUGACUGACCUGCAGAGAUCCCAUUCUCUCACGGAACUUGAUAACAAAAUAGUAGAACCAAGGAAAUCUUUCCAUGCAUGGCACGAUCAAACCAGCUCCUCUGACCCUUCCCUGGACCAAAACACCAUGAAAAGUCAACGAAUAUCACUGGACUUCAAGCCUAUGAAAUCAAUAGAUCGAGACAUYGUAAUAAGACCCUCUUUACAGCGUUCAGAAAGGAACCAUGAUGAUCGUGUAUCACAAGACAGCCUACUAUCAAGUAGUCCCAGGUCUGUUGAUAGUUUAUCCAGUAAACAACCUCGUGGUCUAAAACAAAAAGAAAAUCCAGUAACGCAAAGCACCAUAUCAGAACAAGAACUCAAGGAGUUCGAAGAGAUGGAAGCCAUUGUUCUUGCUCAACGAAGUUAUGAUUUUAAUCUGAAUAAGUCUAACGAUAUAAACGAUGAAGAUGGUCUUAAUACUAGUGUCAGUAGUGACGACAUGAAUCGCUUUCGACUUGAAGUAUUACAAAGACUUACAGCAGAUAAAAUAAAAUCACUAGAAAUGCAAAGUGAUCAAGAUGCUAAUAAAGUCGAUGGUGAAGUCAAUUCUUGUCAAAGUGCGGAAAGCAGACCUGACACUAAUCAAGAAGGGCUUAAUGUCCCUGACGAAAGGCCUGAAGAACUUUUAUCUCCCAUCAACGAGUCUUCGGAGCCUCUACAUUCAACAGGAUCYUUACCUGGAACACAUUCAUCAACUCCAUCUACUGCUCCCAGCAGCCCUUGCUCUCCUCUGGAUGUAGCGCCUUUUACACCUGAGUUUUUCAUGACUUCGCCAGCCAAUACUAUUGAUAAGAAAGCUUACAAAAAAGCGGCUGCUUCUAAACAGCGUCAGAAAGACUCAUCAAAAAAUCAAUCCAGUCUCCUAGAGGUUAUGCCAUCUGCAACACCACGGCUCGAAGACAUGAACAAUCCACCACGAAACAGGUCAGUAGAACUUCUGGCACGAGGAAGUUACACAAUGGACCAAAUAUCAAUUGAUGCGGCUAAAGCUGCAGGGAUACCUGUCAUUGGUUCUGACAUCGAACUUAGAAAUACUCCAAAUCAAAUGAGACUUUCUAGAACUACUUUACGAAGUCUAUCUGUACCUUUAGACAAUGAUCCUAUAUUACACAAAAGGUCCAUGCAAGACAGGCCACCUAGCUCUAGUCUCUCCCAUGCAUCAUUGGUGAUUGAUGAUCAAAUUCCACUUCAUGAACGGGGUGUGAAUAGUGGCUCGUAUCCAAUAGUCAGUGACUUAGGACAAGAUGGCCGAUAUUUCUCUUCGCAACAGUUUGAAGAUGUUGUUAUAUUUGAUAGACAGACAUCUGACAUUCACCAAGCAGUUGCUCCAAGUAACAUUGGUCUUCCAUACACACGUGAUCAAAGCUAUCACGAACCAAGACCGUCAUCAUUCGUCGSUCGAUCCAAUACUAAUGAGGGUACUGAUUUAAAUUCCUACGAUGGAGUUAACAGACAUAGUUUUUACGGUCAAAAGUUUGUUAACCAGCAUGAUAUUGAUGGUAGUCGUUCACCUCGUAACCACGAUCCUUUUCGAGAAUAUAUCACUAGAACGUCGCACAUUCCCACAAACACGAACAACAUACGAAGUUAUUCUAACAUACCUGCAAGUAACGAAUUAGUUAACCAAAGUAUAAGAACUUCGAACCAAGAAAUGAAUUCACGGUAUAAUAAUGCUAAUAACAGCCCAGCAAUGUCUCCUCGCCCUGAUUUGCAUAGCUUUGAAAGUGGAGGAUGGGGCACUAAUCAAGAAUCAAGAGUUGUCUACAAUGACCAAUAUGGAACCUACGUUAAGAAUAGAACGACUGAUCCUGGUUACCAUGGCAGCAUUGAUAYUGUCACAUCCAUGUACUACCAAGACGCCCAAGAUCAAUCCAGUCCCAGAUAUACAAAUACCCAAGGACAGUUUGCAACAUACCGAAAGGACCCACAUCAAACAAGUAUGUUUAGACAAUCAGCUACCGGACACCAGCUUGAUUCAACAAACCAAAUCAUGACUUCUAAURUYCAUUGUAUGGCGUCUGGUGCAAUGCCGCUGGCUAGUAGUCGUCCAAACUGGGAAUAUCAACCAAACACUUCAGACGUCCAGACUUUCGUUCGUUCUUCUAAUCAGCCAUACACUGCUUGUGUUGAGCCUGGUUACCAGUCCCCUAAUGUCUUUUCAAGUUCAAGCAAUCAGCAUACAAUGUCACCAAGGCACACCAGCACUUUACCUCAUUACCACGAGCAAGUACCCACUCACCAGGGAUAUAGCCCGAAUAAAAGUCCGAACGCUUUGUCGUCUCAUGAAGUAGUUCAAAGACACAGAAAUGAAAUGAUUUCUAGUCCAGCACAACUUCACGAACGCCAACACCCAUGCACAUUGAGAAUUGACGGAGACGAGCGUGUAAAGACACCAGAACGUAAAUCCCAAGCGUUCACAGUGGAUUUAGACACGGGUGAAUUUAAGGAAUUUAAUAGUAGUUCAGAGAGCACCUCUCCGCGUUCUCCAAGUUCUACUAUCAUUAGGUCAAAAACGUUCAGAAAAGGACCAGAGGAAAGAGUGUUUGAGUAUGAUUCGAAGUCGUUACAAAGCCAGCAAAAUAAAGAAAAAGUUUAUCCACAGUCUUCUGAAGGCUACCCAGCGUUUGCUCUUCAGAAAGAUGAGAAUACGCCUGCUUGUCUUGUUAACAGAACAAGUUGGUCUGAAUCAGCAGAGGCCUUGAAGGCCGUCUUAUACAAUGGAUUUCCCAAAACUAUUAAGGAUAAUGAUGUAAUACCCAGCUCUGGUGUACGAACAUCAAGCCCUCGAAGGACAGAUAAGAAAAGUCCUGGUGCUCGUGUUACAUGGAUUACGGCAGGAAGAAACUCGUUUGGAGGUCAAGUUAUGCUAAAUGAAAAAGGCGAAAUUGAUGAAUCCAAGGACGAUGGCAUGGAAGAGGACACAACAAACCCUCAGCACCUURCACUACUCAGUCUACACUUUGAGGAAAAACGACGUCAAAUCGAGGCUGAAAGACAACGCAGUCAUGAGCAGUGGGAAGAAGAACGUCGAAAAAUAGGCGAAACUACUUUCUGGUACACAAUUGGACGUGCCCAAGGCAACGAUAAAGACGCUGGGAAGACUUUACCUAGGCAUGAGAAUGAGCCGUUCGGUCCAGGUCAGCCGACACCACCCAUCGGAAGGUCAACGCCAUUUGMAGGUACUUCUCCAUUGCAAAACAACCCUGUUUACCAGUCUCCUAUUGGUGAUGAGUAUCAGUCAACCCUCAACCACACUACUAUUGGUCAUGGCUACCACCARACUUUUGUUCAUCGACCUGGUCACCAGCCCACAGCUCAAUCUCCAGUAAUUCCACAUACUGGUUUCCAAUUCCCCUCCACUCAUUCACCAACAUAUCCACCUGUGUCUUCAAGUGAUUUCCAUGGUAACCAACAUGUACGUCCUGAGGAGCAGGAAUAUGAAACCCGGCAAUUCCUUCUUUCUGAAUAUGCCGUUCASCAAGAUGCGUCAUCCGUACCGUCAAGUCAAAACGAGCCUAGUAAGUCCCCACUACGCAAGUGCUGGGAAGUAAAUCCACCAUCUGCUACUGCUGUUUUUGCAGCCUCUUCCACCGAGGGCGUGGCCCUACACGUGGAGGAAGCCCAARGUGAAGAUARUGGUAAUCAGUUUGAAGAUCUUUCUGAUGCACACAAUAAGAAAGGAGUUGCCAUGUUCAUUGGAGACGAGACGGAGGUGAAGCAGGAGGAGAAUUUGCAGGGAUUGACACCUGAACAGCAGAGGAAAAGAGAUCGGUUUGUAAAGAAUCGUCAAAAGAAACACGAAGAGGAAAAAAUUCGUAGAGAUGCUGAACAUGAAAAGAAAAGAUUACGUGAAUUAAAACAGAAGGAAAUCGAGGAGCAAAAGCGUUUAGAAGACGAACAGAAACGCGAGGAACAACGUCGACUUAAACAGACUCGAGAGAGGAUGGCGACAAGUAACGGUGAAACGACUUCCCGUCCAGUAGCCAACCUGCCAGAGGACAAUUCUGGCUUCAACGAAUUCAGCGGUCCUCGAUGUUACGUCAAGCCAAGUGGCAAAUCAAAUCGCAAGCUGAUAACCAAYGCCAUAUCGCACGUGUGUUUGUCAGGAACCGUCAACAAAGAGAACAAGGAAAAGUGUCUGCAGGCCAUCGCUGACUCGCCGGGUUUCCAUUUCAUAGUUCUUUUUAAGGAUGGUUUGAAGUUCCGUGGAUUAUACAUGUUAAACCCAGAAAGUGAGCAGGCAUUCAAAGUUUUUGGGAUUGGACCGAAGAUCAUAACCUCAAAGAUGGUAGAUUGCGUUUAUAAAUAUAGUAGUGGUGGGAAAGAGUUCACUAAAAUUCCUUCCAAAACGCUAUCGAUAUCUGUUGACGGUGUAGCGAUAUUAAAAACGUACUGGCAAAGUAACAAGCAUAAUGUGGCAUCCAAGACACAGUCUAAUUUAAAACGACCACCUCGACCCCCACAACGGUAAAGACCUCGUCUAAGCUACCAUAUUAUUGGAAUUUAAAGCCGAUAUAUUAAUAUUAUUAACAACUGUUUGUAGAUAAACGAAGAUAUGAACCUUUCUAUCUGGACAAUGAUAUAGAGGAUAUUAYAUGGCCGCGCUCGAAGAUACGGAUUUUAUUUUCGAGUGUUGAAAAGAUCUCUCACGAGUGAUAAUAGUGAGGGAUUUUCAACGCGAGAAGAUGUAAAAUUCGUAUCUCCAAGCGACCAUGUAAUAUUCUGUUUAUCAUAUAAUUAUAUUUGAAAGUAAAUUAUGUCGUAAAAUACCUUUUUUUACGUCCAGAGGAGCCUCGAAUUUGUUAUUUUCAUUUAAUAACAACUUUUCGAAAGAGAGAAAUAUAGGUAUUUCAUAGAUAAUUAUAUGAUAAAUAUCGAUAUGUAGCGAAAGGCUUCGAAAUUCAUUUUUCCAAUUAGAAAAUGAAUUGUUUUUUGAACAAAGCUGGAAACGUUUAAGUUAUCAUGGAUAACACAUUAAGAUAAGUUUUGUUAAUUAAUGCAUAAAAUAUUGCUAUCUAUGAAGAGAACGCAGUCCAUAAUACUUCUUCCUGUAAGUUAACAUGGUUGUCCAAUUUGUCUUGUAAAUUAGUAAAAAGAAUUAUACGAUAAACAAAUCACUGAACAAAUUAACUGAAAUUUUUAGAUCAUAACGAAGACUUACUAAUCUGAUAUUUUGUAUCUAAGACCACCAAAUCUGGUUAAACUUGUCAACAGAGGUAAAAUAAGACGCAUUGAUUUAGUUCAGUUUGAUGUAUAGGGGGUACAACAAUGCUUAGUCAAUUGAAUUUUACUGGUCUACCCGGACGAAGAAAUUUCUUUUUACGCAGAAAUGCGUUAAAAAGAACGUGAUUUAAGCUGUAUCAACGGUAUUAGACCAAAGAAGUUUGUAUAUAUUGAAUUAUGUUUUAUUCUAAUAGUUUUGUCCAUCAGCCCCUAUGAACGUGUUACCUGAAUCAAAGAGAGCGACCAUUGUUAUAGGAAACUCACUAUCGGAAAGACCUUAAAAAAGCGCGAAAAAAUGUUGUUAUUACAAUAGCUCCAUCAAUUUGCAAUCUCUACGUUUUGAGUCUGAGCCUUUAUUCCCACAAGACCUAGUGUUUUUAAACACUAGGCUUAAAAUCCUUCUGGAAAUACAGGUUCAAUCCCAAAUCAGAGGGUAAAUUUGUUGGUCUAUUGUCAUACAUUUUUUCGUUCUCUUUUUUUUUUUUUUUGUUUGUUUGUUUGGUUGGUUGUUGUUUGUUUGUUUGUUUGUUUGUUUAUUUGUUUAUUUUUUGUUGUUGCUGGGUUUUUUUAGGAAAGGUCUUUGACAGACCUUCGUCAGCUAAAACAGCGGUCUCUCGCUUUGAAUGAGGAAAAACAAGUUUUGGUCAUUCCCGAUUUCAUGAGUAGAAAAAGCAUGCUAAAAUAUGUUGAAGAGUUCGAGCGUAUUCAGACGAAUAAUUUCAGAGUGGAAAACGUUUGAAACUCAAUCCUUACCCACCCUAACCCUAGGCAGCACGCGAUACAUUCUCUCUUGGUUAUUUUUGCAAAUUUCAAAAGAAAAGAGGCUUUUAAAAACUCUUAUUCAUAGGGAUAUUUAAUUUUCGUGGACGAUUUUCACAAUAUUUAAAUAUUCUAUGAUAUGUUUUUGAUUAACAAUUUUUGCAUUACUGCGGGGUGGGGCUGAGGACCUUUUUUAAAAAAGACUAUGGUUAAUGUAUUGGUGAAUCUCGGUAUUAUGACUCUAUGUAUAGAAGUGUGAAUAAAUGAAUUAUUUAUUUUUUU